GGCAAGGCCGCAUUCGAAUUGCUGUCGCAAGAUUCAAAAAUAAAGGAAAAUACGUAGUUAGCAUUUGUAGUACUUCUGGAAUUUAGAAACGAAUUUCCUUUUAUACUGUUCUGUUCUGUUUGUGGCUCGUCGUAGCGGCCCUAUGUCAAACCCAAUACCCACAUUGAGGGGCAUGUUUUCGGUGCCGCGAGCCACACAAGGCCGAAAUUUUUUGAAGGAGAAUAAAAUUAAUCUGCGUUCCCUAGAGAAAGCUACCACACAAAAAUUGGCCGCCAAGGAGCCAGUCCGUCCCAAGUGGAUGCAACCACUGCGUCGUACUGCGUCAGAAGUGCGAGAAACGAAGGGAGAAAAGGAACGACAAACAACUACAAAUACACGGCAACAGCAGCAACAACAACAACUGCGUCUCGCACGCAGCCAUAGUAACUUUCGUUCGCAGCAACAUCUGGAUGUGGUCGUGCCUAAAGCAAGCGAGCCUGAAGAAAUCUUAGAGGCAGCAACUCCUCCCGAAGGACGAUGUCAAUCGUGUGGCAGUCAAAGAAGUUCCACCAGCAUAGGCAUUCAAACGGAAGAUAUUACAGAUGAAAUUUAUCUUACCAAGGCCUUGAAAAAAUGUAGCAUUGAUGGUCGCUCUCUUAUAAGUGAUGACAACAACUAUAGAUAUCACGACGAUGAUGAUGACCAGUUGCCGCUAUCCCCCCGUUCCUCUAGCAGCAACAAGCACCUAAAUCUGUAUCCAAUGGAUGAACUUGAAACCAUUAACCAUUUGGAUGUCGAUGACGCACAGCCCUUAAGUGCUCGUAGUAGGGCCACCAUUACUAGCUCUGUGUCAAACAUUACGACCAUUACAAAUAAAUCAAGGCGUCGAGAACACAAAUUGGGAGCUCGCGAUGAUGUGCGUCUACCGCGCUAUUUGGAAAAGGAAAAACGCGACAAGGCCGAAGCCAAAUUGCGUGCUGAUGCCCGUGAUCCGGAUUGUCCCCGUGGUCAUAUAGUCCUUAGCGAACAGGAUCGUCUGACUAACCUGAACAAUGCGCAGAAACGUUUUGAUAGUCUAGUGAAUGAACUAAAUCACAUGCCCAUGACCACGCAAACUUUGCGUGUACGUACCCGCAAGGCAGAGAUUGACAAAGAACUGGCUACAGUCGAGGAAGAAAUCCGCACCUAUUCUAAGCCCAAGGUCUACAUUCCUAGCCAGCAAGCACAUCAACUCUGACUAACUAAAGUGGCGUUUACCUCUUUGCCUUAGCCUGACGCUCUAGUCGUAGCAUUUGUAUUAUAAUUUUUAAGCUCCGAGACUUUAAAUAAAACAAAGUAUAGCAAAAGUUUUCCCCACUCA